UAGCAGUGUGAGGACUAGUCGAGUUCAACCAAACUGGAUUGGCGACACUCUCUGGAUUACGAUGGAGGAUUACUGGGACAUUGAAGAAGCACAACAAAGGAGUAAAACCUACUCUGAUGCCCGUAUGUCUGACCGUAACGGCCUAGGUCCUCACGUACACCUCUCAGGGCCAAAGUCGUAUCGACAGCUUCAAGACGAAAUGGUUGAGGAAUUGGGAAGAGAAGUCCGACUUGGUGAGGUUUUUAUCAAGGCACAUACAAAGCCUGAUGGUACAUAUGUUGAUCGGAAGGCAGAGAAGAUUGCUGGAACUUAUGAGAAGACUGUUCAAGAGAGGUUGUCUCAGCUCGAGGCAGAGUCUUUUGCUGUGUCGGAUGGAGAAUCACGGCCACGGGACCUCACAACAGAAGAAUAUACAUAAAUUUUC